AGUUUGACAGAUGUUUGUUUGCGCUCAGCUCGAGGCAGUCGCACACAUCUGGAAACGUUGCAUCACAGACGAAUGUCCCGGAUAAAGGGAACGAAGAGAGACUGUUGGUGGAGGAAGAAAAACUGGGUCUCAGUGAGAGGAGGUGACACCAAGGAGAAAAAAUGCCGGUACCUCCUCCACCUCCCCCUCCCCCACCCCCCACCUUCUCUCAGGCAAACAUUGAGAAGCCUGUCUUGAAUAAAUCGGAGGAGAAGGGCAGGAAUGCUCUACUGUCGGACAUCAGCAAAGGAGCCAGGCUGAAGAAGGCGGUUACUAAUGACCGUAGUGCCCCCAUAUUCGAAAAACCCAAAGCUGGUGGGGGUGGAGGAGGAGGGGGUGGGCCUGGAGGAGGCGGUGGAGGUGGCGGAGGGGGAGGGUUUGGGGGUGGAGCUCCAGGUGGUCUGGGAGGACUCUUCCAGGGGGGUAUGCCAAAGCUACGCUCCACUCGAGAUGACUCUAGUUGUGUCAGGCCUCCGGUUCUGCCACCUGGUGCUCGUAGCACUGGUCCACGGCCCUUUGGAGGAGGAUCUGGCUCUGGCCCUCGUCCGCCUAUGCAACGCAGUGAAUCCGUUGACCCCCCACGCCCACGGAUGACCCCACCCCGUCCUGAAACACCUGGAGGGCCUCCUCCACCUCUUCCAAGUGCCCCACGGCCCUUUCAGAGUGGCGUACAGAGCAGGGGACCACCCUCACUUCCAGGAGCUCCCCGCCUGGGUUCUGCCCUGACACCUCCACCUCCAAACCCCCCUGGACGGCAGCCUGCACCUCCACCGGUGCCAGGUGGAUUUGGUCGUCCUCCUUCAAUUCCUUCGCCCUCUGUUGGUCACGCCGGACGACCCCCUCCUCCCCCUGCACCUGGUCGAGGUGAUGACCGUCCUCCACCCGUUCCCCCUGUAAAUCGUUCUUCUUUGCCUCUCACUCGGGACAGCCCGCCCCCUCCACCUCCUCCAUCAGCAAUUAAUAAACCAACUCCUCCUCCGACUCCUGCUCCCGCCUGUUUGCGGGCACCUGUAAGUGCAGCACCUCCACUCCCGCCAGGACGACCAAGCUCACUUUCUCCCGAUGAGCAUACGCCACGCCUUCCCGAACGGAACCUGUCACUUGGCUCGCAUCCUCCUGCCCCUCCGCCUGGGCGAUCCGGACCCCUUCCUCCACCUCCUUCUGAGAGACCGCCUGCAUUGGGUAGGAAUACAGGUGGACGAACAGGUCCUCUUCCACCUCCACCUCCUUCUGGUCGUCCAGGAGGAGGAGGAAGUGUGAGGUCAUCACCAGCCCCUCCUCCUCCAAACAGACCAGGUGUGGAGCCUCACCGUGGUGGCAGUAGACCACCACUCCCACCAGACAGACCCUCCGCUGGACCUCUGCCCCCUCCUCCCCCACCUAUGGGCAAUGGAUACCACAAUCAAGGGCAUAAUAUAGAUGAGUGGGAAUCACGCUUCACGUUCCGACCUGUAUCAGACCUUCCAUCCCCAGAGCCCUACAUUCCCUGUCACAAGACCUAUCCUAGCAAACUGGCCAGGAACGAAAGCCGAGGUUCAGGAAAGAAAGAGCGAGGUGCACCUCCCCUCCCCCCCAUACCUAGGUGAAAGAAACUGUUUUCUCAGGGCCUGACAAUCCUUCCUUUACUCAAUUAUCUUGUUUUCUCUGGUACUGUCUGUUUCUGAUAUUUUUCAACCAGAGUAGUUCAUUAAAAUAUCAACAAAA